GCGGGCCCGCUCAGCUGACAGGAGGUGGUGCCUCCGCACACCAUGGCGGGUGAACUUGAGGGCUGCAAACCCCUGAGUGGGCUGCUGAGCGGCCUGGCUCAGGACGCCUUUCACGGGCAUCCGGGCAUCACGGAGGAGCUGUUGCGCAGCCAGCUGUAUCCCGAGGUGCCACCUGAGGAGUUCCGCCCCUUUCUGGCGAAGAUGAGAGGGAUUCUUAAGUCUAUUGCAUCUGCAGACAUGGAUUUUAACCAACUGGAAGCAUUCUUGACUGCUCAAACCAAAAAGCAAGGUGGGAUCACAUCUGACCAAGCUGCUGUCAUUUCUAAAUUCUGGAAGAGUCACAAGACAAAAAUCCGAGAGAGCCUCAUGAACCAGAGCCGCUGGGACAAUGGGCUUCGGGGCCUAAGCUGGAGAGUUGAUGGCAAGUCUCAAUCAAGGCACUCAGCUCAAAUACAUACCCCAGUUGCCAUCAUAGAGCUGGAAUUAGGGAAAAGUGGGCAGGAAUCUGAAUUUCUGUGUUUGGAAUGUGAUGAGGUCAAGGUCAACCAAAUCCUGAAGAAGCUCUCAGAGGUAGAAGAAAGUAUCAGCACACUGACACAGCCAGCCUAACAAAGAUGAUGUAGAAAGGAGUCGGCAUUGUUGAAACAAAGGUGUUCGUGAUCUCUCUUCACUGACCUUUUUUUUUUUUUUAAUCUUUUUUUCACAUUGGCAUUAAAUCUUCAAAUUCAAA